AUGCAGUACGUUAAUAAACGUGCACCAAAAUACAGUACGUUCACUGUUACACCCUCCACCACCAAAACGAAUACCAUAGUGGGAUUAUUGCGACAUCACACAAAAGUGAGUGUUUCAUGGACGGAAUCUCUUCUCGAGUCAUUGACCAAAAUUGGUGUCUGCUUCUUACAAUCGGACUUUCAGACAUGCCGAUCAUGGCCUAGAAGUUCUACCAGCGAUACUCGGUACGACAGCCAGAUUUUCCUCAAUGCGAAAGACCAUAACAUCCCAAUAUGGCACCUUAGCUUAGAUCGGGAAAUUUGCGACAAAUCUUCUACUGGGAAUUAA